UUGUAUACAGCAAAUGCAGGGAUUUGCGAAGAUCCGUCGGAACUAGCCACACUUUAUAAUAGCAUUUUAAAUCAAGGCAAAUCUGUCAACAUGGCUACAGUAAAAGAGUACAUAUUACAAGAAGACGUACGCGUGGAAUUCGAUUUGUCUAUAUUCGAUGACGAUAGGAUACUCAGUUCCGUGUGGAGUAUUAAAAUGUCAAAGGACGAAUUUAUAACACUAAUAACAUCAAGAUUUACUUAUUGGCAACUAUAUAAUAUUUUUACGGAUAUCCACAAUUACGAUUCAGUUAACAAGAGUACAGUUAAAGAGUAUUUACGGAAGACACUACAUCUGGAAGAAAUCGAAGUGAUAACUGCACCAUUGAAAGAAACUGGUAUGACAUGGGACGAAUUUUAUUCAUUAAUGGUUUUUAAAAGUCAUCCUAUACGCUACAGUAUCGACCAGUUGAGGAUUUAAACAUUUGCAACCCCCAAGGCUACAAUUUACUGCAACAUCCUAUCGCCGUUCGCUGUAUUGAUAAAAUCAUACUUUUUAAAUUAUUCAAUUUAAGUUUAUUUAAAUCAAAAUUCAAGGUUUAUGUAUUAAUUUUUAAAACUUUAGAGGGUGUGUGUUUUUAUUGUAUUAAUUGAAUACUGUACUAUUUG